AUAUCUCAUAUUGUAAAUAUCUCCUUCAAGCACUCUCUUCUUGUUCACUGCAAAUACUCAGACUGAACUUAAUAGGAAGAACUUUAGUGCCAUAUUAAGACUAUUUGAUAAUGGCUCUUCAGGCUGCUUCUUUAGUUUCCUCUGCUUUUGUUGUCCCCAAAGAGGGCAAAUCUAAUGCAUCUUUCAAGGACUCCAGUUUGUUUGGAGUUUCACUCUCAGAUCAUCUCAAAGCUGAUUUUAGCUCUUCUGCAUUGAGGUGCAAGAGGGAAUCAAACCAAAGAAUUGGGGCUGUGAGAGCCCAAACAACGGCAACAGCAAGUCCAGCAGUGAACAGGGCAUCCACAGAAGGCAAAAAGACCCUAAGAAAGGGCAGUGUUGUGAUCACUGGUGCUUCUUCUGGGUUAGGUUUAGCUACAGCUAAAGCUUUAGCAGAAACUGGAAAAUGGCAUAUAAUCAUGGCCUGCAGAGACUUUCUUAAGACAGAAAGAGCAGCCAAAUCAGCUGGCAUUGCCAAAGAAAAUUACACAAUUAUGCAUUUGGAUCUUGCUUCUCUUGACAGUGUUCGCCAAUUUGUCGACAACUUUAGGCGAUCUGGAAGGCCUCUUGAUGUUCUUGUCUGCAAUGCUGCUGUUUACUUGCCAACAGCUAAAGAGCCUACAUUCACUGCUGAAGGAUUUGAACUUAGUGUUGGCACUAACCAUCUUGGUCAUUUCCUCCUCUCUCGUUUGCUUCUUGAUGAUCUCAACAAAUCCGAUUAUCCAUCAAGGCGACUCAUCAUUGUUGGCUCAAUUACUGGGAACACAAACACAUUGGCUGGCAAUGUACCUCCUAAGGCCAAUCUUGGGGAUAUGAGGGGACUUGCAGGAGGUUUGAAUGGGCUAAACACUUCAUCCAUGAUCGAUGGUGGGGAAUUCGAUGGUGCCAAAGCCUACAAGGACAGCAAAGUUUGCAACAUGCUUACGAUGCAAGAGUUCCAUAGGCGCUAUCAUGAAGAAACCGGCAUCACUUUUGCUUCCCUUUAUCCCGGUUGCAUUGCCACAACAGGCUUGUUCAGGGAGCACAUUCCUUUGUUCAGGCUUCUAUUCCCUCCGUUCCAGAAGUACAUUACCAAGGGCUUUGUAUCUGAAGAUGAGGCUGGAAAAAGGCUUGCUCAGGUCGUUAGUGAGCCAAGCUUGACAAAAUCAGGUGUGUACUGGAGCUGGAAUAAGGAUUCAGCUUCAUUUGAGAACCAGUUGUCUCAAGAAGCUAGUGACGCAGACAAGGCUCGGAAAGUAUGGGAGAUUAGUGAGAAACUUGUUGGUUUGGCUUAAUUACAUUCUUCAAGUUCUUUUCAAACUAAUUGUCGUCACGGGAGAGGAUGAUGUUACUGCAGAGCUGAAUCCUUGUACGAGUGAAGCUUGUAUUCAGAUACUGUGCUUUUUGUAAAACAAUUUUCUGUUGUAGGAGUAGAUAACUUGUUUGUACCAUUUGACAAUAAAAUACUCAUCCUCGUUGCAAGUCACAAAUAACAAACUUUUUUUAAACUGAAA